AUGGCACAGACAGACGGAGCCAAGGCGGAGGCGCUGGCAUCGACAUUUUUCCCCCCACCGCCAAAUACGUCGUCAGUCCCAACGGCAUAUGACUACGACGCACCUAUAGGGCUUUUCCGGAAAUUCACACGGGAGGAUCUGGUGAAGGUAAUCUCGGGGCUUCAUUUGUACAAAGCCACGGGACCAGACGGUAUCCCCAACGUGGUAUAUGCUCGAUGUCAGGACGUGCUCGUGCCACGCCUGCUUCCGAUCUUCAACGCCGCGGUGAUCAUGGGAUUCUACUAUGAUCCAUGGCGCUUAUUCACUACAGUGGUCUUGAGGAAACCGGGUAAACCUGACUACGCAAUACCCAAAGCGUACCGUCCCAUCGCACUGGUGGACACCGCAGCCAAAAUCCUAUCGGCGCUAGUGACGGAGCAGACAUUGCGUCUCCUCGAAAGUAACAACCUACUGCCAGAAAUGGCCUUCGGCGGA